GUUGUAUAAGUUGGAGGUGACAGGUGAGGACACGGACACAGAAGAGACACGUUCAUUAAGGUUCAUCCAGGAUUAUUCUCUUCGAUUCAACUCCACUGAUCGACGAGCGGAUUAAUCGACCGAGGUGUCCGGAGCGUGGUUCUGGCUAAGAUGGCGGCGCUGUGGCGGGCCGUGGGCGAGGCCUUAUGGGGGGCGUGUGCGGCCGACUCCAUGUCCAUGCCGGUCCACUGGUUCUACGACGUCCAGGACAUCCGGAGACACCUGGGGGGCUGGGUCUCAAACUUCACCGACCCCCCAAAGAGACACCCGUCCAGCAUCCUGAGCCUCUCCAACACCGCUGGUAGCGGUCGGACCGGAGGGACGUCGCGCGCUAAGAGGCCUGAUGUGGUCGGGAACGUGAUCCUCCAUGAUAAGUUGGACGCCUGGACGUCCUCCAACAGAUCGGUCCAUUACCACCAAGGUCUUCAGGCCGGGGACAACACCCUGAAUGUCCUCUGUUCCCUGCGGGCCGCCCAGUCUCUGGUUGCUGGAGGUUUCAGGGACGUCUCCUGCUCAGACGCCCGAGCUGCUGUCCUCUCAGACUACGUCCAGUUCCUGACGUCUCCUGGGUCUCACGGGGACACGUACGCCGAGUCCUUCCACCGCUCCUUCUUCUCAGACUGGCAGGACAGCAGGCCGUCCUCACCCCGAGAGGUCUUGAGUUUUGCAGAGAAACGCUCCAGACGCCACCUGAGCUUGUCUUUCCCCGAUGGCCAGCUGGACGCCAUCGGCUGUCUUCCCAUGAUCCUCCCCUUCGUCCUGCUGUCCGCCUCAACCAAUGAGGAGCAAGCUGUCCAGGCGGCGGUGGAGUUCGUGAAGCUCACCCAUCCUCACCCCAAAGUUCCUGACUACGUGUCCAUCUACAGCCGGGCGCUGCACGCCGUUGUGGGCGGGGCCAGCAUCCGCCAGCAGGCUGAGCACGCCCUUAGGACGUUGGACGCCUGGGACGUCUCCCGGAGCUUCAGCCUCAAGGCAGCCAGGUUCCCCAGGUCCUCCGAGGACAGGCUGAAGGUCCACCAGAGCGCCGUGUGCUCCCUGGGCAUGGCAUGCUACACUAAAGGAGCUCUGAGCAGCAUGUUCUACCUGGCGCACGAGUUCCACGACGACCUGACGGGAGGAAUCCUGGCCAACACCAACUGUGGAGGUGAGAACUGUAACCGUGGGGCGGCGCUGGGGGCCCUGCUGGGGGCCGCGGCGUCGCACCGAGGUGGUGGCGUCCCACAGGAGUGGAAGGACCAACUGAGAGACGCCCAGGAGCUGGUCCCUGACAUCCUGAAGGAGCUGAGCUAACCGGAGCGUGGCCCCCUGGUGGAGAGGAGGCGGAACUACUCACUGUUUACAUUGUUUAUUAUUUCUCAUUAAAAAGUUUGGAUUAAAAUAGUAAA